CUGCGGAUGGAGCAAAAAUGAUUCCUAAGCUGAUUGCCAGUAUUCAGUAUAGCGGUAGACGAGGAGGAAUUGAGUAAGCGCGCGCGUCACGAAUAAUAAAAACGAAAGUAAGAAAAUAUAUACGGAAACAAUCAGACACACACACACAUGAACGUAUAUACUCAAUUCCAGGGCAUUGUGGUGGUCCUUUUUACGUUACGGGAUAUAGGAUAUAAAAUGAAAUAAUAUCACAAAAAUUCAAGUGCUCAGAUACACAUGAAUAUGUAAUCAAAUUAAAUUAGAAGUGUCGAAUAAAGUGAGUCUGAAAGCAAAAAAAAUUAAAAUUCUCAAAAUUAAAAAAAAAACAAAAUUGUUGUUCAAUUGAUUGCUGAUAAAUUUGUGAAAAACAAACACAGGAAACACACACACAAACGCUGUCAUCAUUGCGACCAACCACACUUAUUUAGCAGCCUCAUGCCGUUUUGAUAACAAUCUUAGCUUCAGUGAAACAAAGAGAAAAUCUCGAAAGAAAAAAGUGUCAAACAAAAGAAAAGUUGUAAAAGCAGCUAAAGAAUUUUAAACAAGUUUGUGAAUUAAUAACACCAACAACAAUAAUAAAUAAAAACAAGAACAACACUACAUUCCUUUAAUCAAAGAAAGCAACAACAACACAAAAGCAGUUUUCCCAAAUUGAAUGAAUUGUGGCUGAUUAAGACCAGCGAGAAACGGCAACAGCAGCAACAACAACAAAAGGAACAGGCAAAGACUGUUUGGUAUGCUGCUCCAAUACUUGGAAAACUAAAUAUAUAAAUCAACAUUGACGUCCAUUAAUCAACAAAAGACUUGGGGAACGUAGCUCAACUUAACUAUAAAUCAAACUAGAAACUGGAUAAAUAUUCACCACCAAACACAGCCAUUCGGCUAAAACAAGAACAACAACAGCAACAGAUCCAGCCAUCAUUUGCAGCAACGAUACUGGAGAAGAAGCCCAACAGCAACAACAACAAUAACAACAUUCCCUGACAUUCAUUCGCCUGGCACUAAACUUCAGCACAUUGUCCACCACAUCGGAUUUUCGGAAACGAUUAACAACGUCCUUUAUGGUUCAUUAAAUUGCCAAAGGAAAAACACCAAAUCCUUGCCUUUCGUACUAUUUGACGGACAUCCUUCUAACAGAGAUAUCUUCCGAACGAUUUACACCCACAUCUAAACAACAGCAGCAGCAACAACAACAGAAACAGCAGCUGUGACAACGACAACAACUUGCCAUCAGCAACAGCAGAAGCCAUCACCACACCAACUACUAGCUACUGCCAGCAUAGGAAGAGCAACUGAGAGUCAAGGUGUUGCCACCGUUGUUGUUGGUUUUGUUGGCAAUCAAGGUCCCGGCGCUGUCAUCAUGGAGGGGCCAGAGGUGACAUUUCUAUUCCAAUUUGGCAGUGUGCGCGAUGCAGUGUCGGUAGCUGCCAAUGUUUUAACAUUGAAAAAGCUCAAGGAUUUGGCAUGUGAAUUCAUCAACACGAAGAUACCCGACAGUGGGCUGACAUACCUUUCCGAGCGCAUACUGUUAUUUCGUCACGAUUACAACAGUCCCAAUGUUCUGCACAUCAUAAAUUCAGCAGCGGAUAUUGCCGAUGAAACUUUGGUGGAAAUUGUUCUCGUAGCCAGUCCAAUUUUAUAUCCAGCCUCAGAGAUGCCAACCCUAAAACCGCACAAUCUCAAUGUCCAUUCCUAUAAGGCGCCAACAUUCUGUGAUUUUUGUGGUGAGAUGUUGUUUGGUUUAGUGCGCCAAGGACUGAAAUGUGAUGGUUGUGGUCAAAAUUAUCAUAAACGUUGUGUGGUUAAAAUCCCCAAUAACUGUAAUCGUUCGAAUAAUAACAGUGGCAACAGUUCAAAACGUUCCUCCCUGCUACAACCACCCCGAAGUCCAUCGGGUGGCUCAACACAAUCACUUAUCUCCAAUGACGAACAGCAGCAGCAGCAUGCAGUCAAUCAUGAAUCUGGAAGUUCUCUGAGCGUGCCAACAUUUCACAGAAGUCAUCAUCGUUCUUCCUCAGCGGGUAGCAGAAAUGGCCAACAACCCUCACCAUCACCAGGUCUUUAUAAUAAUGCCGGUAUAUGCGCCACCAGUUUAGCCUACCAGAACAUUCGAAUACCACACACAUUUAUGGUCCACACCUAUGGCAUUCCAACCGUCUGUCAAUAUUGUAAAAAGCUACUCAAGGGCCUGUUUAAACAGGGCCUACAAUGCCGCGAUUGCCAAUAUAAUACCCAUAAGAAAUGUAUGGAUAAAGUGCCACAAGACUGUACCGGCGAGAGACAGCUGCACCCGAAUGAUUUCAAUGAAACCUUCACCCCAACCCACGGCAGCAUGUCGCACAAGGAACGUGAUAACUUCUUCCGGGAAGAAUUUGAUGAUAGUGAUUUCGAUGAGGCCACAUCGAAUGAACACAUCCGUGGAAUGGGUACUGCUGUCGGCAGUGGCAUGGCCCAUAAAACGGGUGGACGUCCCGGAUCGAUGGGCGUAAAGACCACAACAAAUGCUCAAAAUUCUCCGCCAGAAUUAGUUAAUGGUCUCAAGGGCAGCGACAGUGAACACUCAACGUAUCACAACGAAAAUCGUAGUGCCGCCGAAGGACAAUCCAUAGAUGGACAAUCGGAACAGUCGAGUUCAUCCUCAUCGCCAAGUGCCAAUAUUCCGCUUAUGCGUAUCGUACAAUCAGUGAAACACACCAAGAAACGUGGCGGCCAAGCUCUGAAAGAGGGUUGGCUGGUACACUACACCAGUUUGGAUUCAACGGUCAAACGUUAUUUCUGGCGUUUGGAUUCGAAAACGAUUACCCUGUUUAUUUCCGAACAGGGCAGUAAAUAUCACAAAGAGAUCCCCCUGGCCGAGAUCCAAGCCAUUGAAACGAACAAUGAUGUCCGCGUAGAUAAUAAUUAUUGUUUCCAAUUGAAAACUCCCAAUGUCAACUAUUAUGUGGGUCAAGACCCGCUAGCUGGGGUGAGAGAGGAACAGGCUGUACGUUUGCCACCACCGGAAAGUGGUAUUGGCACAGAUAUUGGUAAAAGUUGGGAAACGUCCAUUAAACAGGCCUAUAUGCAUGUCACAAAUACCCAAUGCUGUGAGUCUGAGGAAAAUGUCCAGGAUAUGGGUCAACUGUAUCAAAUCUUCCCCGAUGAAGUUUUGGGUUCAGGUCAAUUCGGUGUGGUCUAUGGCGGUGUCCAUAAGAAAACAAAGCGAGAAGUUGCCAUCAAAGUUAUCGAUAAAUUGCGUUUCCCAACCAAACAAGAAGCUCAGCUUAAAAAUGAAGUUGCCAUAUUACAGAAUAUUUCCCAUUGUGGUGUCGUCAAUCUGGAACGUAUGUUCGAAACACCCGAACGCAUUUUUGUCGUCAUGGAAAAACUUAAAGGUGAUAUGUUGGAAAUGAUACUCUCUCACGAACGUGGACGACUCAGCGAGAGAGUUACGAAAUUCCUGAUAACCCAAAUUCUCAUCGCACUCAAACAUCUGCACAGUCAAAAUGUCGUUCAUUGUGAUUUGAAACCCGAAAAUGUCCUGCUCUCAUCCGAUGCCGAAUUUCCUCAAGUGAAAUUAUGUGAUUUCGGUUAUGCUCGUAUCAUUGGAGAGAAAUCAUUCCGACGGUCGGUGGUGGGUACACCAGCGUAUUUGGCUCCAGAAGUUUUGCGUAACAAGGGCUAUAACCGUUCCCUGGACAUGUGGAGUGUGGGUGUGAUAAUUUAUGUCAGUUUGAGUGGCACCUUCCCCUUCAACGAAGAGGAAGAUAUUAAUGAUCAAAUUCAGAAUGCUGCUUUCAUGUAUCCGCCAAAUCCCUGGAAGGAAAUUUCAUCGAAUGCUAUUGAUCUGAUCAACAAUCUGCUGCAAGUGAAACAACGAAAACGUUAUACCGUGGACAAGAGCCUGCAACAUUAUUGGUUACAGGACAAGCAAACUUAUCAUGAUUUGCGAAAUUUGGAACGCCAAGUCGGUACCCGUUAUCUGACACAUGAAGCUGAUGAUUUGCGGUGGGCCAGCACCACCGGUGAUAUGUGACCUGUUAAUGGUCCACAACCAUGUCCAACAUUCCAAUUAAAUGACAAAAUUCCCGAAUCACCUGAACCGAAGUUACAACAACAGUCUCCGCAGCAGCCGCUAAAAACCGUAAAAGAAGAACAACGUCGUAAAUCAUCGACAACGACGACGACAAUUACAACAACGGGACUGCAUAUGGAUCUGGAAAAUUGUAACUGUCGUAGUUUGCCCUCGAAUAAGCCAAAAGUUGAAGCGAUCGGUGAUAAGGCAUUAAACUGGAUGCGUUCACAUUUGUGUCGUCACAUCAAAUAAAUCCAUGACAAAAUUUCUCUCAACAACUCAAAAACAUAGCUACUUUAAUUUGUGUUUCAAAUGGCUGCUAUUAUUACAACUACAACAACAACUAAAUGACAACGAUCAAAUGAAAAUAAUACGAGUACUAGGUCUACGUUUAACCAUUCAUUCCUUGAGAAGAGUCCUCAACAACAACCACAACUACAACUACAAUUAUAUUUUCUAUUUCAAUUUUACAAUUUCUCAAUUUACUCAGACUAAGUUUUUUUGUUGUUUCGAAUGAAUCCUCAAUGUGUGUUUUUUUAAUGAAGAACAUCAACAAAAAAAAGGUACCUUAAAUUUACAUAAAUAUAUCUAAUUCUCUAUACAGACAUCUAUAUUCAUUAAGAGAGUGUGUGUGUAUAAAUACAUAUACAAAUAUAAAUAUUGCCUAUAUAUUAAAAUUUAUAACAUAUAAUGAUUUAAUUAAGUUCUAAGUGUUGUAAUUUUUUAAAAUAAAAUUCGAAACGCUUUACAAAACAAACAAAAAAAAACAACAACAAAACACUGUGCUACAAAUAUUGUAAUUUUCGUCUUUUGGAUCCCUUUCUCCUUUAAAGCUAAACGAACAAAUUUAUUAAUGCAAAUAUACAAAAAUGAAUUAAAAUAAUUGCACAUAUACAUACAUACAUACAUACAAUUAUAUUAUAUUACAAACAUACGUUAAUGCUCUUCUGUAGAAAAUUAGUUCUAUAAGAAAAUUGCAGCAACAACAACAAGAAGAAGAAAAACUCCACUAAUAUUUAACGAGAAGAGAAGAUACUCUCUGAAAUCGAAAUGAAAAAAAAAAAAUAAUUUAUGAGAGACAUUAAUAUUAAUGCUCAUGUCUUUAUUUUCCGAAUAAAAAAAUAACAAUUAUUUUAAAAUUUCAAA